ACUUUGUGAUCCACAGAGAAAGACACAAUGAGCGGCAGAGGAAAGGGAGGUAAAGGACUCGGCAAAGGAGGCGCUAAGCGUCACCGUAAAGUCCUCCGUGAUAACAUCCAGGGAAUCACCAAGCCUGCUAUCCGCCGCCUGGCUCACCGUGGAGGAGUCAAGCGCAUCUCCGGUCUGAUCUACGAGGAGACCCGCGGUGUGUUGAAGGUCUUCUUGGAGAACGUUAUCUGCGAUGCCGUCACCUACACCGAGCACGCCAAGAGGAAGACCGUCACCGCCAUGGAUGUGGUGUACGCUCUGAAGAGGCAGGGCCGCACCCUGUACGGCUUCGGAGGUUAAACUGCUCCGCUUCCAGCCACCAACCAAAGGCCCUUUUCAGGGCCACCCACCCACUCAUUAAGAAGCAACUUCUACCGUUAAACAGGCAUACAAUCAUUCUGAUUUUGUAAACAGUAUCA